UAAUACACGCGCAUCAUAAUGUCACUCGCGGCUGGCUUGACCGUGUUUUUCUGAAGUCCGGCUGGCUUGACCACAGUGUUUUACACCCAGGCGCUGAACGGUAUCCACGGCGUCCGGUAGUUUUUCUUUCGCUUCUGGCAGAAGCUGCUGGCAAACGUUGAUGAUCUUACCUCGGACAUCUUCUCUUUCAGGGACCCCGUGAACUCUGAGACUCCAACGACUGACAGAGUAAGUGCUGGAGAUCUCACUCUUCAUCAUGAAUCACACACAAACACCCCGAGAUCAGGAUUUCUCUCCAGGAUGCAGCUCAGUUCAUCAGAAGAGAUCAGAAGCAGAGCCCAGCUGUGUGUCUAUGAAGAGUGAUGCUUCUUUGCCUCAUCCAAUUAAUUUCAUGAACACUGAGUCUAGAUGUCAUCCUCAAAAUCUCAGUUCAGUUGAUCAGAAGAGAUCAGAAGCAGAGCCCAGCUGUGUGUCUAUGAGGAGUGAUGCUUCUUUGCCUUAUCCAAUUAAUUUUAACAGCAAUUGCACAAGGUCAAUCCUGCAACACAGAUCAGAAACAAAACCCUUCUGUAAGAAAUAUGACCAGUCUAUGAAUCAACCACAACACAACACGUAUCCUGGUGUGAGCCAUGAAGUCCUAAACACGUUGAGAUCAAAUCUGAAGCAGAAGUUUGAGCGUCUGUAUGAGGGAACAGCGACACAGAGAAACUCAACACUCCUGAAUGAGAUCUACACAGAGCUCUACAUCACAGAGAGUGAGAGUGGAGAGAUCAGUAAUGAACAUGAGGUGAGACAGAUUGAGACACAAUCCAGGAGAGAAGCAACAGAGGACACAGCCAUCAAAUGCAGUGACAUCUUUAGACCUUUACCUGGACAAGAAAAAGCCAUCAGAACUGUGCUGACAAAGGGAGUCGCUGGCAUUGGAAAAACAGUCUCUGUGCAGAAGUUGAUCCUGGACUGGGCUGAAGGGAAAGAGAAUCAGGACGUCCAGCUCAUAUUUCCACUUCCUUUCAGAGAAAUCAAUCUGAUGAAGGACAAAACACUCAGUCUUUCAGAUCUUCUUCAUGUGUUUUUCCCUGAAACUAAAGAAAUGGAGAUAUCCAGUGAUGAAUAUAAAGUGUUGUUCAUCUUUGAUGGUCUGGAUGAGUGUCGUCUGUCUCUGGACUUUAAGAGUAAAGUGAAACUGUGUAAAAUAUCUGAAUCAGCCUCAGUGGACGAGCUGCUGAUGAACCUCAUUGUGGGGAAUCUGCUUCCCUCUGCUCUCAUCUGGAUCACCUCCAGACCAGCAGCAGCUGAUCUCGUCCCCUCUGAGUGUGUCCAUCGAGUGACAGAGGUACGAGGCUUCACUGAGCCACAGAAGGAGGAAUACUUCAGGAAGAGAAUCAGUGAUCAGAGUCUGGCCGACAGGAUCAUCUCACACCUGAAGUCCUCAAGGAGCCUCUACAUCAUGUGCCACAUCCCAGUGUUCUGCUGGAUCUCAGCCGCUGUUCUGGAGAAGAUGUUGAGUCGAGCAGAGAGUGGAGAGAUUCCCAAGACUCUCACUCAGAUGUACACACACUUCCUGAUCCUUCAGACCGACAUCAAACAUGAAAAGGACUAUGAGAAGAAGGUGACAGAUGAAGACAUGAUCCUCAAACUGGGGAAAGUGGCUUUUGAGGAGCUCAUGAAAGGAAACCUGAUCUUCUAUGAGGAAGACCUGAGAGAGUGUGGCAUUGAUGUGACAGAAGCAUCAGUGUACUCAGGAUUGUGCACUCAGAUCUUCAGAGAGGAGUUGGGCUUGUAUCAGGGGAAAGUCUUCUGCUUUGUUCAUCUGAGCAUUCAGGAACAUCUAGCAGCUCUAUAUGUGCACCUCUCCUGGAGGAACCACAACAGAAAUGUGUUUGAGCCAAUCACCAAACAGAGUUUACGGUUUAAAGUGAAAGACUUGUUUCAGCAUGUUUCAUUAUCUGAGCUGCAUCAGAGAGCUGUGAAAGAGGCUCUACAGAGUAAAAAUGGACAUCUGGAUCUUUUCCUGCGUUUCCUUCUGGGUUUGUCAGUGGAAUCUCAUCAGAUUCUCCUUCAACGAAUAAUGAAGCUGAAAAGAAGCAGCUCUGACAGCAAUGAGGAAACAGUCGAAUACAUCAAGAAGAAGAUCAGGACCAUUGAGUCUCCAGAGAAAUCCAUCAAUCUGUUCCACUGUCUGAAUGAACUGGGUGAUCGUUCACUAGUGGAGGAAAUACAACAGUAUCUGAAAUCUGGAGGAAUAAAGGAAGCCAAUCUCUCUUCAUCUCAGUGGUCAGCUGUAGUUUUUGUGUUGUUGACAUCAGAAGAGGAACUGAAUGAAUUUUGUCUUGAUAAAUUUGUUAAAGUAAAGAAUAAUCCUGAAAAUAUGAAAGUUCUUCAGAAGUUGCUGCCUGUGAUUAAAGAAUCCAGAUCAGUUCAGUUGAGAGAUUGUGGUGUCACAGAUGAAGGUUGUUCUGCUCUGACUUCUGCUCUGAGAUCAAACCCCUCACACCUGAGAGAACUUGAUCUGUCGAGGAAUAAACUAAGAGAUUCAGUGAAGCUGCUUUCUGAUGUACUACAGGAUCCUCACUGUAAACUGGAGACACUGAGGUUGAGUUAUUGUGGUGUCACAGAUGAAGGUUGUUCUGCUCUGACUUCAGCUCUGAGAUCAAACCCCUCACACCUGAGAGAUCUGUAUCUGUUUGGGAAUAAUCUAAGAGAUUCUAGUAAGAAGUUACUCUCUGAUCUGGAGAUGGAUCCACAUUAUAAACUGGAGACAUUAUACUAUUGACUCUCAGUGUUUAGACGUCAGUUCAGUUUCCUCAGGAUCAGCUGAUGGUGAAUAAGGAGCCGCUUCAGAGACGUCACAGACACACAAUCAACACAGACUGUGUGAUGGGGACACAAGAAUUUAGAGAUGUUCAUUUUCCUGACCAACUCCCUACGCUCGUUAUCCAAUUAUUGACUGUUGACAAAAUUAGAAUGUUAAAUUAGAUUUAAAUUAAAUUGUAUAAUAAUCCGUAUGACCAAAAUUCAUUUUCACU